AUGUCCCGUCAGCCCAAGCUUCGCCCCAAGUCGUACAUCCCGGGCUUCCCAGAUGCUAUCUAUGAUCUGUCUGCCGUUCAAUCCUUGUCGCAGCUGGAAUCCCGCGCGGGGUUAAUCGAUGACAAGCAUGAUCAACGCGUCUUUCGGGUCAAGCGCAAGCAUGUCCUCAAGGCUUGUGACCGAUGUCGCGUGAAAAAGACCAAGUGUGAUGGGAAACAACCAUGCAAUCGCUGUUCAGCAUACAACCACCCCUGUCUGUUCCGGGAGAGGAAGGCCACGCAAACCAAAGUGUACUCUCGGGGGUUCGUCGAGAUGCUGGAGUCGCACCAUUCGCUAGUCGUGAAGGCCCUGCAGAAGCUUUACAAGUUGUGCCUCAACCAAGAAGGAUUCCCGGGGAGCCGCUCGUCGACUGAGGAGAGCCACGAGGACGCAGAAGAAGACACGGAAGACCUUCAGUUCUUGCGCCUGCUGUCCACCUCGACAGACUCAAGUGCCGCAUCGGAUCCGUCCCCCGAGCCUGCAACGCCCCCGGACCCUUCCCCUAUCACCAGCAGCCCGGUGACCCUUUCCCCUCGGACCGGAGGUCCCUGGAAAUGGGAAUUCCCGCCAGUCCCCGCCGGACACGCAGGGCAGUAUCAAAGUCUCUCGCAGCCUGGCUUCCAAGGCAUCUCUCUGUCGCGCCCCUCUCUUGAGACUGCACACCCUACAAGCGAAGCUAAAAUGUCACAACCCGUGGGCCCAGUUCCCAACCCGGACCAUCACUACCCAUAUUAUGAAAAUGACCACUGUAACGGAGUACCAUCCAAGACGUGUUUCGCGCUGCCCGGUGUCUCCGCGGCACCAGGGUUCCGCCCCGCGACGACCGCACCCGGUAUGCCGGUUGACAUGCUAUCGGACUACGCGCUCCCAAUGGCAGACCACCAAGCCAUGUACCCGACGGUUGCACCCGGCUGGAACUACCCUUGUGGAUGA